GGCUGGUCAAAGAGGCCUUGUCCCACCAUGGAGACAGGAGGUAAGGACUGUGAAGAGGAGUCACUGCAGAUAGCGUUUAAAAAGUUGAAAGUUGACCCUGAGAGUUUACCAGGAGUUGUGAGUGUUUCAGAGCCAAGAGCGAAUCCAUGGUCCUCUCAUGACAGUAGUGGCGUGAAACCAAAACUCAGCUCCCCAAAAGAAAACAGGCGUGGGUGCAUGAGGAAAACCUCUGGAGGAGUGUCCAGACCCCAGAGACGUCGUAGGUCCAAGUCCCCAAUUCUUCAUGUCCUGAUUUUCAGUUAUUGCAGCACCAUGGGAGCCUCUGCAGUGUCUGCACAUGCUGGACCACCUGCAGAUCAGUGCCCAUGCCAGCAUCCAGAGAAGGAGGUGAAAGAAGUUUUCUCCUUCAUGGGGCUCCACAACACCCUCUCUGAAUGUGAGCGGACGCUGCCAAGCUACGAGGACUCUUUUCGGACACACAGCAUGGCUGCGUCGGCCCCGUCGCUGUCUCACUCGUGCUCAGAGCAGGCAUGAGCCUGUGUCGACGACUUCAGUAUGGAGGACCUCUGUGGCUACAUGGAGUAUUAUCUGUCCAUCCCCAAGGAAAUGUCCCACAUGGCUGAGAUGAUGUACACAUAAAAACAAAC